AUGGUAUUGGUGGACAUAGAGUCUGUUGUAGGCCUCUCCGCUAGCUCUUUUCCAAUUCGCUACCUUAGUUUGCCGUUAUGCACAAGAAAGUUAUCCGUCACCGACUGCGAUCCGCUGAUUACUCAAAUUAGAAAGAAGCUUAAUAGCUGGACCCAUCAGAUCUUAAGCAUGGCGGGAAGAUACACUCUUCUAUCUACAGUGAUCCCUGGCAUAGUAGGCUUCUGGAGCUUGGCUUUCUUCCUACCCAAGGCAGUAAUCAGAUGUAUUAACUCCCUCACCAGUGCUUUCUUCUGGCACGGUACAACAGACUCAGCAAAAGGGGCAAAGGUCGCAUGGUCUGAUUUAUCCUUUCCCAAAAAAGAGGGAGACCUGGGUCUUAGAGUGGGAUCCGUGGACUCCGUAUGGAUGAUCCACUACAUUGGCUGUGAUGGACCUUCAAUAAUGGUCAUUCCUUUAUUCUCAACAAUCAGUGAUCUGAUUACUCCUCAAGGGUGGUCCCUUCCUCCAACAAGGUUAGAAAAACAACUAAAUCUUCAUGCGUUUGUCACUACCUUGCAGCCAAAUACAUUGACCGAUCAAGCGGUCUAG